GGAAUAGUAGGUUAUUAAGUAGUUUGGGGUGUUACUCCAGCCUUACAUUCACCAUUAAUGUCAGUCACAAAUGCAGUAUCUGGUAUAAUUAUAGUUGGAGGUAUGGAAUUGAUGGAUGGAAAAUAUAUGCCAGGAUCUUUAACUGGAUUAUUAGCAGCUAUUUCUGUUGCAAUUGCAUCAUUGAAUAUUUCAGGAGGUUUCUUAGUCACAUAAAGAAUGUUAAAUAUGUUUAGAAGACCAACUGAUCCUCCUGAAUAUAAUUAUUUGAUGGCAUUAGCAGGAGCAACAGGAGUACUUGGAUAUUAUGGUGGACUCUAUUAUGGAAUUCCUAAAGAACCAUUGACAAAUCUAUCUUAUUUAGCAUCUUCAAUUGCUUGUAUCUUAGCUAUUGGAGGAUUAGCAUAAUAAUAAACAGCUAGAAUUGGUAAUAGUUUUGGAUGUUUGGGAGUUGGAUUAGGUGUUGCUGCAACUUUAGGAUAUAAAGGAUUUUCUCCAGAAUUAUUAGCUUAAUGGGCAUCUAUGGUUAUGUUAGGAGCUACUAUUGGUGGUACUGUUGCUACAAGAGUUGCUAUUACUGAUUUACCUUAAUUAGUUGCAUGUUUCCAUUCCUUUGUUGGUUUGGCAGCUGU